CACUACUCACAGCCCCGGGCUAAAAUCAGCAGUAAAAGCUUCGCGGCAGCUUUUCAGUGUAACUAGAGAGCCGCUAAUUGAGACUUGUAAAUGCUUCAGGUUCCUUGGAGGACAAGCCAUUAGCGAGCAAGCAGGACGAGACAUCGAACGAGAGAGAGUUAGUCAGUCACCAGCACCGGACUAUUUCUACAAAUUAACCUAAAUGAAAAGAAGCACAUCUAUAUAUAUGUAAAGCUGACAAGUACAACAACAGCCGUGGACAGAGUAUACUAUGUUUUUUGGGACUCUACACGAUGGAAUUCUGUUAUUUACUUACGAAUGAAUAGAAAAGACGCACAAUUAUUUAGUCUGGAUCAAAACUGGAUUUAUUGUAAUUAUUGUGGCACUGCGAUCGAUUACUACGACUAAUAAGGAACGCAUCAUUAAAUACAAUAAAAGAAUAGCACUUACGGAAAUAUUUUGUUCAUGUUCAUGAGAAACAGAAACAGCGGACAAUAGGACAAAAGUGGACUUUGCACUGCUCCUUUCCAACCAGCAAUACACCCCCCGGGCUUCCUUGGAGACACCACGCAGGGGCCGUGAGCUAUUGUUGUGGAUGAGUCUGCGCCCGAUUUACUUUUCAGCACUGUUUACUAUUCUUUUAAACGGGGGAUCUGAGUGUUCAUCCUCACAAUAAUAUUGCUUUUUUCAUUCAAGCGUCCGCUACUUCAGUGAAGCGAAAUUGUGUAUUAUUUAUCGGAAACAAAGUUGCACCGAAGAUACAAAUAAGAAACCGCUGCAAAUUAAGUUUUCGUUCAUCUCUGCCUUAAAUGGUCUGCGUGAACCCGAAUGGGGAAAUCGGCUCUUCUAAUUUUUCAUUGAUUUAGAUGUGCUUUUGGAGUAUUAGGUUUCUUGAAGUGUGUCCAUGUCUGUGUGUCUUAACUGAAGACACCUUUUUAACAGUUUAGCAACCAUCCUUUUUUGAAGAUGAAGCACAUUUGCAAGGCAAACAUCUUUCAGUUCUUUUUGUUUGUUAUCUCGAUAGUGGUGGCAGAAGAUGACACAAUUAAAGAUCAUUCUGGUUCCCAAGCUGUUGUACAGUCUGUCAUCCCAUCAAACACUACUGCAGUUGUGGGCAGCAAAGUGGAACUCUACUGUAAGAUCUACGCUUCAGCUGACACUCAUGUACAAUGGCUUAAGCAUAUAGAAGUCAAUGGCAGCCAUCAUAAGACAGAUGGGAAACCAUACAUUCAUGUACUAAAGGUGAAUGUACUAAAGUUUUCUGACGACUUUGGAAAUUCUAAAGUUGAUGUCCUUCUUUUAUCCAAUGUUUCCCUUGAGGAUUCUGGGAAGUAUAGCUGCACAUCUGGAAACAGCGUUGGUACGGCAUGGCUAACAGUUCUGCCAGAAGAUCAAUUUGAAGAGACAACAGAACAUCUUCUUUUGGAUCCUGGUGAUGUGCUUAAAUUAACCUGUGACACCAACCGCACAUCUGGAAUUAAUUGGUAUAAAGAGGCAAGCAGAAUUUUGUCUGGCACACGGGUGCAAAUCCGACACAAUGUUCUGGAAAUCUCUGACAUGACAUAUGAGGACUCUGGUCUCUACUUGUGUGUAGUUCAGGGUACAGGGGAGAUACUUCGGAACUUUACAAUUACUGUUGUAGAUUCAUUAGCUUCAGGAGAUGAUGAUGAAGAUAGUGGAGGAGAUGGUACAACAUCUGAAGUGGAAGACGAAAGAGUUUAUUUCACAAGAGCACCUUACUGGACUCAUACUCAGCGAAUGGAGAAGAAAUUAUAUGCUGUGCCAGCAGGGAACACAGUCAAAUUUCGUUGCCCUGCCAUGGGUAGUCCCUUACCCACUAUCCGCUGGCUGAAAAAUGGGCGUGAGUUCAGGGGAGAGCAUCGCAUUGGUGGUAUCAAGUUGAGACAUCAACAUUGGAGUCUAGUCAUGGAAAGUGUGGUGCCAUCAGAUCGGGGAAACUAUACAUGUUUGGUGGAAAAUAAAUAUGGCAUUAUCAGCCACACUUAUCUUCUUGAUGUAUUGGAACGUUCUCCACAUCGUCCAAUCCUGCAAGCAGGUUUGCCAGCAAACACAACAGCAGUGGUCGGCAGUGAUGUAGAGCUGUACUGCAAAGUCUACAGUGACGCCCAGCCACACAUCCAGUGGCUCAAACACAUUGAAAAGAAUGGCAGCCGUUAUGGACCAGAUGGUGUUCCUUAUGUACAAGUACUCAAGACGGCUAGUAUUAAUGUAUCAGAAAUAGAGGUCUUGUAUUUGCCAAAUGUAAAGUUUGAAGAUGCCGGGGAGUAUACUUGUCUUGCUGGGAAUUCCAUUGGAAUCUCCUUUCAGUCUGCCUGGCUCACUGUUAUUCCAGAAGAAGAUCUGGUCCGUGAUGCAGACAUCAAUGAAACAAAGUAUACAGAUAUUAUCAUAUAUGCUUCUGGCUCACUUGCCAUUGUGAUGGCAAUUGUUAUUGUAGUGCUUUGUCGUAUGCAGUCCCCACCUACCAAGGAGCCCUUUGAUGUCUUGCCUGUUCAAAAAUUGUCUAAGUUCCCUCUUCGUAGACAGUACUCUCUGGAUUCAAAUUCAUCUGGAAAGUCAAGUGCCUCACUGAUGAGAGUUGCACGUCUUUCCUCCAGCUGUACACCUAUGUUACCGGGCGUCAUGGAGCUUGAACUGCCUCUUGACCCAAACUGGGAGUUUCCACGAGACAAUUUAGUACUUGGUAAGCCACUUGGUGAGGGAUGCUUUGGUCAAGUGGUCAGAGCAGAAGCCUAUGGAAUGAACAAGGAAAAUCUUGAUCAAGCAUGUACUGUAGCUGUCAAAAUGCUGAAAGAUGAUGCAACAGAUAAAGAUUUAGCUGACUUGAUAUCCGAAAUGGAGCUGAUGAAAGUCAUGGACAAGCACAAAAAUAUCAUUAAUCUCCUUGGGGUUUGCACACAAGAUGGUCCUCUAUAUGUUAUUGUUGAAUAUGCCUCAAAAGGCAGUCUGCGUGAGUAUCUUCGGGCACGCCGGCCCCCUGGUAUGGAUUAUACAUUCGAUAUCACCAAAGUGCCUGAAGAACAACUCACUUUCAAAGACCUUCUGUCUUGUGCUUACCAAGUGGCUAGGGGAAUGGAGUAUCUGGCAUCCAAAAGGUGUAUUCAUCGAGAUUUAGCUGCCAGAAAUGUCUUGGUAACAGAGGAUAAUGUAAUGAAGAUUGCAGAUUUUGGCCUAGCACGAGGGGUCCAUCAGAUUGAUUACUACAAAAAAACCACUAAUGGACGCUUGCCGGUGAAAUGGAUGGCACCAGAAGCUUUGUUUGAUAGAGUCUACACACACCAGAGUGACGUGUGGUCUUUUGGAGUUUUGAUGUGGGAGAUUUUCACACUUGGGGGCUCUCCAUACCCAGGAAUCCCAGUUGAAGAACUAUUUAAACUCCUAAAAGAAGGACAUCGAAUGGAUAAGCCAUCAAAUUGCACACAUGAGUUGUACAUGCUGAUGACUGAAUGCUGGCAUGCAGUACCUUUACAGAGGCCAACAUUCAAACGCCUUGUGGAAGAGCUUGACCGAGUACUUGCCUCUGUUUCAGAUGAGUACUUGGACUUGUCCACACCAUUUGAGCAAUAUUCGCCCUCCUGUGAGGACACUUCAAGCACCUGCUCUUCAGACAAUGACUCUGUAUUUACCCAUGAUACAAUGUCCACAGAUCCUUGUCUUCUUGGAUAUCACAAUGUCAGCUCUGGAAUAAGGCCUUAAUUAUAAUCUUAUUUACUGUGUGAAUGUAAAUAUGUUUUAAAUAUUUAUAUAUAAAAAAUAUAAAAAUGUAUAAAUUUGAACAUUUCAAACAAAAAUAUUGCACAACCCUUUUCAAAGUGAAAAAUAUGGAAAGCAAAAUGGUGCACCAUAAAGAACGUGGAAAGCAAAACUUUCUGCCCCUACAAGCUUCAGCAAAAUAUCACAUUGUUUUAUCUUCUCAACACAACAUUACAAAUGUGGUUGUCUUGAAUUUGGAAAGUUCUUUUGGGGCAUUAUCUCUGGAAUGUUCUUGUGAAGGAUCAGCCUGAAGAAGAUGUCCUUUGAUUAUAAUGUCACCUGGCUCUUGCCCAGUGGACUAAGAAAAUGGAA